AUGGAAAAUGAUAUAAUGGAUUCAUUCAUCAAAAGUGACACUCUGCAAUCUCAAAGUCAAGAGCUCUCUGCCAAAGUAAUUAAAUUAGAAAAUCAAGUGGAACAGCUAGAGUUGAAGCUUGCUCAAGUUAAACUGUCUCUUUUUUCUAUUGAAAAGUUAAAGUCUGAUAGUUCUGCAACAAAGUUUUACACUGGUUUUCCAAACUUUCCUACACUGGUGUCAACAUUUGAGUACUUUGAGCCUAAAGUCCUGCAAAUGCAAUAUUGGCGUGGUAACAAGUCUUCACAAAGCUCUGAUGAUUAUCACACCAAGUCUUCACGUGGCCCAAAGGGCUCUCUCACUCAUCUGGAAGAAUUCAUUCUUGUUCUAAUGAGACUGAAAGUUGGUUUGUUUAUUGAUGAUUUAGCUGGUCGUUUUGGAAUUUCUUCCAGUCAGGUUUCGAAAAUCUUUACAACAUGGAUUUGUUUUCUUUACCACGAACUCCCACUGCUUUUCAAACCCCCUUCUCAAGAGGUUGUUCGUCAAGCCAUGCCUGCUCAAUUUAAAGAUUUUCCAACAACGAGAUUAAUCAUUGAUUGCACAGAAAUAUCUACAGAGGUUCCAUCAUCUAUGAAAGCACAGUCCCAGACAUGGUCCGAAUACAAGCACCAUAAUACAUGGAAAGUUUUAAUUGGCAUAUCACCCUCUGGCUUAAUUACCUUUGUCUCAAAGUUAUGGUCUGGUAAGGUUUCUGAUAAAGAAAUCACUCUUAAGUCAGGUGUUCUAGCCCUUUUUGAGGAUGGUGAUAACCUUAUUGCUGACCGUGGCUUUGAUGUCAAAGAUAUUCUUCCUCCUGGAGUGACUCUAAACAUUCCACCUUUCAAGGGUACACGAGCACAACUGACAGCGAAUGAGACAGAAGAAACUGCUCGCAUUGCUUCUGUACGCAUUCAUGUGGAGCAUGCCAUUGGAAGGGUAAAAAAUUACCACAUCCUUGAUGGUGUUCUACCAUUAUCAUUACAUUCAACAGCUAAUCAGAUUUUCACUGUUUGUUGUUUACUUACAAACUUUUUGCCAAUUUUAGUUGAACCUAAUGAUAAUAAAUAA